CUUUCACUCGCACGAGGAUCCCCGUGCUCCUCUCGUUUACAGUCUUAUCUGAGUAAUUUGGGGAUUUAAAACCUUGAAAUCAAAGGCAACUAUGGAUUUGGAUAAAAGUACAGAGUGUGAGAAAGCUGCGACCGAAGGGAAUACAGAGGAGUCGGAGUCUUUCACCAAAGUAAAGUCUAAAAAGACGCAAAAAAGGAAACGAGAACAAGAUGGAGUAGACAUGGACACAGCUGACUCCGUGGCGAGCAAGAGACCGCAGUUUCCACCAAUCUCUGGCGAUCAGCUGAGGGGACCAGACGAUAUGCGUAAAAUUGCAGUACCAGCUCACAGAUACACCCCUCUGAAGGAGAACUGGCUCAAGAUCUUUACCCCUAUUGUUGAAAAUCUACAGCUGCAAGUCAGAUUCAACCUGAAAACUAGAAAUGUUGAAAUCAAAACAUGCAAAGAGACACAGGACAUAGCUGCUUUGACUAAGGCAUCAGAUUUUGUUAAAGCAUUUGUUCUUGGAUUUCAAGUUGAAGAUGCCUUGGCUCUCAUCAGAUUAGAUGAGCUGUUCCUGGAGAGCUUUGACGUCACAGAUGUGAAACCUCUGAAGGGAGACCACUUAUCUCGAGCAAUAGGGAGAAUAGCAGGGAAAGGUGGAAAAACAAAAUUCACUAUUGAAAAUGUCACAAAGACACGUAUUGUAUUAGCUGACACGAAAGUUCACAUAUUGGGGUCUUUUCAAAACAUCAAAAUGGCAAGAACAGCUAUUUGUAAUUUGAUAUUAGGAAGUCCACCUUCAAAGGUCUAUGGCAAUAUCAGAGUGGUGGCCAGCAGGACGGCAGAGCGGUUCUGAACAUCGAUCUGUUACCGUCGAUGUGCCUUCCGCUCACUGGUGGAUUUCUCAUCUGUGAAGACCUUUACGCUGUUGGCAACACUUUCCAGGCCCUACAUAUAAGCCUGAUAUUAGGGAUGCACCGAUCUGAUACUGAAAAUUUUGCUGAAGCGAGUAUCAGCUUCAAAAUAUCUGUUGAGCCGAUUGGGCAUAUAAAUUUAUGUAAUUGGAGUAUUUACUGGCCAUAAUUGAUUCAGAAUGUAUAAAUAAAGUUCAAACAUUAUGAGACUAAGUUAUUCUGUUGUUACUUGAGAUAAUUAACAGCUACAGAACACAUUCAAAGAAAAAUAAAAUAAGAAAUCUGAUUCAAAGGAAAUAUAAUUUUGAUUCUCUGCACUGGUAUCGGUUGAUAUCAGCAGAUACUUAAAGCUGGAGUAUCAACAUCAGUAUCGGAACUGAAAAAGCUGGAUUGGUGCAUCCCUACCUAAUAUGUAGCUGGAUUUAAUGACACUUACGUUUACAUUUACACAGUGAGCAUCAAGUGAUAUGUAAAUAAAUAAAUCUUACAAUGUUAUGAACUUCCAACAUUUCAAAGUUUAUUUAAAUUUUAAUUUUCAUACAGUAUCAAGUUUCCAACAGUCCCACAGCAUAAGAUGCAGCAUGCAGAAAAGGAAAAUAAAAGGUUCUCAAACUGAAAAUUGUUCAUAUCCCCACACAAACUAAAAAGAUCCCAAGUCCCUCAGAAAAAAAGCACUUACAAACUAUAGCGCGGUCUGAACUAUACAGAGAACAGAGAGCCAGAACUGCAGUUAACAAAUAUUUAUAUACAAAAGAAAGAAAAAUAAACAUCAAAUUUCCCCUUUAAGCUGAGUACAGUGUGUGGCAGUUUGAGACAGGAUCAGAUAUGCAACUUUACUGGAAUAGAAGCAUCUCACUGACCCUGUUAAAAUACAAAAAGUUACAUGAAGUUCAUUUCAUUUGGAUUACCUCUCAUAAUAUGUGUACAUUUACCAAAGUUUGGCAACAUCCAUAUUGUAUACCAUUAAAUUUUAAAUAUAUUAACAUCACCAUUCAUGUGUAAACAAGAGGAUUAUUUCAAAAAUUGAUCUACAUGCACAACAAAAAAUAUAUUUCAUGUCAUGCAAGCACAGGGAGGCCCAAGCCGUGCAGAGCUUUGGGAUAAGGGACAACGGGGCACUCCAGAUUCAUAUCUUGGACUGAAAACAUCCUCAAAAAGCUAUCCCAAAGUCAUUUAGAGUAGGAAGCGGUUUCCCUUCUAAAUCAAAAUUUGGUUAAAUUCAUGUUUAGUUUCUCCCCGUUUGUCGUAGUGGGAGGGAGGGGGAGAAAAUGAGGUGAUUGUGACAGGCUAUAAGUGGGAGAAGAAGCCAACUUUUGAAAUGUACACAAUAAAAUAAAAAAAUAAAA